AUGGCCAUGCGAGCUUUCCUCGUCCUGACGGCGAUCGCGACAGCAUCAGCCGUCACUUGCAACAUUGCCAAGCAGGGGGAUCUCUCCGUAGGGAACUGCGGAACGAAAACCAUCCAGUACGGCAGCUGUACCUCGCAAAGUGAAGCGGACACCGCAUUGGUUCUGUUGCUUUUGAGUGCAGCCUUCAUACCUUCAACCGAUGCUGCUUGUGCCGCCUUCAUCACUGGUAUUUGCUCUAGCUACGGCGUGCCCGCCAAGGCCACCAAGUGCUCGGACCUGUGCUCUGGAUAUGCAUUUUCCCAAGGCUGCACUUCAGACUCCCAGUGCGCAACGACGUCCACCACAGUGUUGUCGUGCUGCAGCUCGACGAGGACAGCCAUCUCAAACCUCUGCACCGCCGACUCAGCCAAGCUUGACUCCAUCAUCGCUACUGAAAAAUCCAGUGGAGCAUGUAGUGACACCAACUGCUAUUCAGCAGCGCCCAGGACCAUUUCGUCGCUGUACAUGCCUCUGCUGCUGUCGUUGCUGGGGUAUGCGAUGACCUCUCGUUUGUAAGGG